CUGCGGUUGUAAAAUUUAAACCAUUUCCGUGAAGGCAUGGGAGACGACCUAGGAGACGAGUGGUGGGCGCGAGACGAGGAUUUGGGUGGAUCGGCGGCGGAGGAGGAAGCGCACGACGCACCCAAGGAGACAGAAAAGCCUAAGGAGAAAAUAACAAAGAAGAGGAAGCUUAAAACACAGGCGACAGACAAAGCAAAGAAAAAGAAGACCGUGCAGAAAGAAUGUUUUGUUGCAAAAGAGAAAACCCAUCCAGAGGACAAAAAAGAGGACAAAAAGCCCAAGAAAAGACGAAAGAAGAAGACCAUCACAGAUGUGUUGGCGACGUCGGAGCCUGCACCCGGCUCUCCGGCUGACCUGAGAAGCCUCAUGCAGAGCCAUUUCAGCGUCACGCGGUCUGUUAUCGAACAGGAGGAGCUCAAUCUGCCAGAGUCAUGCUUCCUAAUGAGUAACGACCUCACGCACAGCUUGUCGUCCUACCUCAAAGAAGUUUGUCCCAAGUGGGCUAAAGUACAAAAACAGCACACGCAGACGCGCUCCAUCGUCCUGCUCAUUGUCUGCGGCUCCGCCCUCCGAACCAUCGAACUCAUCAAGCAGCUGACUACAUUCAAAGGUGAAGCCAAAGUGCUGAAACUCUUCGCCAAGCACAUCAAAGCCGAGGAUCAGGUGAAGCUGCUGAGUAAAAGUGUGGCUCACAUCGGCGUGGGUACUCCUGGCAGACUGAACACCCUGUUAGAGAAAGAUGGAUUGAGCCUGCAGGGAUUGAGAUACCUCGUACUCGACUGGAACUACAGGGACCAGAAACAGAGGCGGAUGGUGGACAUACCGGAGGUAAAAACUGAAUUUCUGAAACUUUUGGAGGCUGACGUCAUCAAGAAGUGUCAAGAAGGAGCUGUUAAAAUAGGACUGUUCUAAAUCUGCAGCGCUAUUCCUGUGUAUCACGUCCAGACUAAUUCACCUCUGAUCUCUGUGUGUUGUUUUUUAUUAUGAUAAUUUUUAUUUAUGUAAGUCUUUGUUUUCUCUUUGAGUGCUUUGUAACACCCAGCUGUGUGUCUAUGAUAGGAGCACACACUUCGUUAGAGUGAUCUAAAAAUAAACUCAUCUGAUU